AGAAAUUGGGGUUUUCUCCAUGUCCUGGCCAUCUUCGUCUACAUCAAGCCAAAAUGCCGACACGGCAUAACCAUGGAAGAAACCAAAAUCCAAAGCGAAAGCGAAAGCAAAAGACACGGAAAGGGAAAGGCGGAGGCAGGCGAGAAUAAAGGCGGGAAUUGAGCUUGAAGCAGCUGCGCCGACCACCAGCUUACUUACGUACACAAAGCUUCUCGCCUUCGAUUCCUUCCCACAAGUAGCAAGAGCUCGCAUUCUUCUCUUCCAGUUCCAACAGCUCUCCACUUGUCACCGAGGCCUCGCGGCGGCGGCCGCCGGCAACGUACUUUAUGGCCUCUUCGUCGUCUUCGAACCCCGCGUCGCCACAGCCGCCGCCUAUGCUGCCGCCGCCGCCGCCGGAGCCGGCGUCCGCACCCACGCCUCAGCCGCUGCUGCCGGAGGCUAGGCCCAGGCCGAGCCCCACCGUAGCCGAUAGCUUCCGCGGCCUGCUCAGGUCCGGACAUGCGCUCGUCCGCGCCGUCUUCGGGGCUAACUCUGCCCACUCUCGCCUUCCCGUGAAACACCAGCAGCAUCACCUUCACCGCCACCAGCCGCAGCACCGCCCCGGUGAAAUCAUGAAGCGCAUACAAAGAGAAACGCUGUCCGACGUCAGGAAACUCAAGGAGAAACAUGACGAGAUCGAGCACAUCCUCUCGCUGUACAAAACCGGCAAGGGGUUGGAGCUCCUAGACCUCCCUAUCCAGGUGAAAAUAGCGCUGGAUGCGACCGGGGCACUGUUCCUUGUCGGCGACGACGACAACGGCAACGAGUUCGAACGGGCAAGAGCAGACCUCGACAAGGCGGGCAGAAGGACGGGUCUCCGCUCGAGGUUCGUCUUCGAGUCGAAGACCAGGGGCAAAGCGGACACCAUUGCCGCAGAGCUCUCGACGCAGCUCGGAGCGUCAGCUGGCCAUCAUAUUGGGAGACCCGUCGAGCUGACCAGGCUGCAGUACAGCGCCCGUGUCAACAGGUGGCUGUCCCUGACCUUGGUCCCGUUUGGAGCCCGGUGCACCAACUUCUUGCAUAGCUCAAGCAUGAUCCAGAAUCUACGGGCUCAAGCCUCUCUCGACGGCCCACCGUCAACCUUCGAGCACCAUGACUGCGGCGCUGGCUUGAGGAUCCAAGGAUCCAAGCUCACCGCCUCCUUGGCUGGGCUGAUCCUGGGUUCAGGAGGACUAGACAGUGGGGGCGGCGGAGGAGGAACAACUAACCGCGUGACGACGUUCGGGCAAGUGACCUGCAGACCAGCCAACGAUGUGAAGCUCAGCUUGUCGGGACUUUGGCAGGUCCACUCACCGUCGUCGUCGUCGUCCCGGCUCAACCAUGUUGGAAUCCUCGCCAUCCCACGGGGCAGCCUGAGACCAGAACACCCCGCCGCCGGAGGCGGCACAGAAGGACACACCGAGCUGAGCGUGAAGUUCGACAGUCGGGCCGGCGGCGCCAUGGCGGUGAUGGUGGACUGCGAGCUGUACGAGACUCUCAAGACAGAAGGCUGGGUUCAGAUGGACAGGUCCAGGUCCAGCCACGGACCGCUGCGCUGGGGCUUCUCCCUGUCCGACGUCCCCGACAACGAGCUCGGGUGGGGCGUCAAGGUUAGCGGCGGCACGGCCGGAGAGACGACGACGACGACGACGAGGGGGAGGGGGAGGAGUCAGCUGCAGCAGCAGCAGCACCAGCACCUGGAGCUGGAAGGGUUCCUCAACUUCAACCUGGGUAAGGGCGCGAGGCUGCAGCCGGCGCUCGUGUACGCCACCAGGACGAAGAGCACGGCCACGCCGGCGCUGUUCCUGCGCUCGUCGUGGGUCAUGUGAUUUCGUCGUCCAGCUCGCAGGCGCAUGCCAGCGUUACGGUUGGUCUCUCUGCUGGUUUGUGAGAGAUAUCUUCUUCUACCUCGUCCUGCUUGGUUUGCUUGGUCACCUGUUUUGCCGCUGGCAUUGCUGCAGCUAAUAACAGUUUUGAAUGACAUAUCCUUACUCGUUGUACAUGCCAAAGAGAUCGUGAUUUUUUUU